ACUCAGUCACACCACAGUUUCACCCUAUAAAGAAAUUCAUUGUAACAUUUGUUCCACGAAAUAUUGAAGGUUUCAGCAAGAACCAUAGUGAUGCUCAUCAUGUACGAACUGUAUAAAAGGUAGCCCAGAAUCUGUGAGAGUCAUUCCGAACUCACAAACAGUUCAGAACAUUUCUACAAUCAGGAGAAGUAUUUGAUUAUUAAUUCAUCAUGAGGUCUUUUAUCUUCAGUGGUUUACUUCUCGUUUUUGCUAGUCUUUUUAUCAAAGGGGAAGCAAUUGAAAAGAGCUAUCUGGUGUCACUGAGGAAAGCUGAGUUCCUGAGUAUAAUCAACUGCAUUUCAAUUAGUCGUGAUCCUGUUCUCUGUGCUAAAUAUGCUGCUUGUGAGAAGGAAUUGCCUCCAAGAGUUUUUGCUGCUCAUCAGAAGUGUCAAAAGGAACAUGUUGGGCUCGAAACUCUGAGAUGCACCAAACAUGAACCUCUGUACAAGGUCCCUGAGAUUCCCGCCAAGAUCUUUGAUUGUGUUGUUGAAACCGUGCAUAAGCUCACUCCACCUGAAAAGAAAGUCAUUGUGAAAUUCGAAGAAUGUGCCAAGAAAUUGAAAGAAGAAAGUUGUAAAAUCGUCGAAGGACAUGCCCAUGCCCACAGGGCGCGCCACUUCCGCCAUUAACAGGAGAAAGAAGAACCUGUUACUGUUUUUCUACUGUCCUAAAUUAUGAAUAAUAGUCAAUCAAUGACUCUAAUAUGUAUUUAAUUUAAUUUAAUUAAUAAUCUAAUAUGUAUUCUCAAUGUAUUUCAACUAAUGCAAAAUUUACUAUAGGAUAUCAGUAUAGUAAACUUAGUAUUUUCUGAACUUUUAUCCAUGUUUCUUGAAU